AACAACGACACUCAAUACAAACAUGUACUCCAAGGUCGUAGUAUUCCUGUGCGCGGCGAGCCUCGCCUCCGCCGGCCAUCUCCUCCAAGCGGCUGCACCCGUAGCGUACAGCGCGCCCGUUGCGUACAGCUCAGCACCCGCCGUCUCCUCCGUGUCGUUCUCUUCCCACACAUCGCACACCGCGCAUGCUCCCGUCGCCGCAUACGCCGCUGCGCCCGUCGUAGCCAAGACCUACGCCGCUCCCGCCUACGCCACCUACGCCGCCGCUCCCGUCGUAACCAAGUCUUACGCCCCGUCUGUGUCCUACCAGUCGAUCUCUACCCACUCCGCUCCUGUGGCAUACGCUAAGACCUACGCCGCACCCGCCGUCACCACCUACGCUGCUGCUCCCGUCGUCGCCAAGUCUUACUCCCCGGCUGUGUCCUACCAGACCAUCUCCAGCCACUCCGCUCCCGUGGCAUACGCUGCCCCUGCAGUGCACACCUACGCUGCCGCCCCCGUGGUCACUAAGACCAUCGCCGCUCCCGCCGUCGCCACCUACUCUGCCCCAGUGUAUGCCAAGUCUAUCGCCCCUGCCGUGUCUUACUCCUCAAUCUCUCACUCCGCUCCCUUGACUUACGCCGCGGCCGCUCCCGUCGUCACUAAGACAUACGCCGCCCCCGCGUACACGUCAUACGCCGCCGCUCCCGUGGUGACCAAGAGCUACGCCGCUCCCGCCGUGGCCGCGUACUCCGCUCCCGUACUCAAGUCCGCUGUCACCUACUCGGCUGCCCCCGCCGUCUCACACGUCACAUACUCCGGUCUGGGAGCUAACUACGGAUGGUAAUCACCUGAUUGUUAAUAUUUAUUGUUAGUAAAUAUAUAAAGGACUGUAAAUAAUGUUUGUAUGUUCGUAACAUGAUACGAAAAAUAUAAAAAC